AUGCAACGACGUGCUGGUAGACGUAAUUAUCCAAGAAGAGGAUAUAAAAAACGUGCAACUUUGAAACGACAAGCAUUUGGUAAUUUUGCCAGUGCUAUGCAACAACGAGAUAGUACUAAUGUUGUUAUUAGUAUGCAAGAAGAUGUUUCUAUUAAUGUUCCAGUUGGUGCAAACGAAGGUACAAUGUUAAGGAAUGUUACUGCAUUGAUGACUUCUACACAAUAUUUUCAUAAUUAUAUGGGAAUGUAUGAUCAAUUUAAGUUAAAUGCUGUUAGAGCAUCUAUGGAAAUGACAUUUAUUGGAAAUCAAUUAUUAAAUAGUGCAACAUUUCCAUCUAUAUGUACAGCAUGGGAUCGUAAUGGUGUUAGAAUCAAUACUGCUGUUAUUAAUAAUACAAGAUAUUUCCAAUUACCUACUUAUUCUUCUGUUUCUUCUUAUUCUAGUGCAAAUGAAAAGACGUUAUAUUAUGGUAGUAGAUGGGGAGUUGUAAGACAAUUAGAUGCAGCAUCUAUGAUGGAAAAGUCUAUGUAUUUACCAACAACUAAUACUAGAGAUGUACUCAGUAUGGAUAAUAUGUAUAGUGCAUGGAAUCCUCAAUUAUUAAUUUCUAUAAAAACUCCUCAAUCUGUUAAUGCUGUUAAUUCUUGUACUCUUACUAUUCAUUGGCAAUUUGAUGUUACAUUGAGAGGUCUUAGGAAAGUACUUGUUUCUGAAGACAUUCUUUUAAACCUUAUAUUGGUUUUAUUGGUUAUGCUCGUAU